AUGUCUUCGCCGGCGUCCGACUUUGCACGCCACCACCCGCAGGUGCUCAUCCACCAGCAGUCGAUCCACCACAAGGACGACUUCUGGCUCAGGGCCGCUUCCAAGAUCCACUGGCACAAGCCCCCCACCGUCGCCUUUGGCAAGUCGGCCAACAAGGACGCACCCUACCUCGACCCCAACGGCAACACCUGGUUCCCCGGCGCCCAGCUCAACACGUGCUACAACGCCCUCGACCGACACGUUUACGCUCCCCACCACUCGGCGGCACCGCCCCUCACCGUCUCGCCCCACACGCCGCACCUCGCCCUCGCUCCCGGCGCUCACCGCGUCGCGCUCCAGCACGUCUCGCCCCUCUCGUUCCAGACCCAGCAGGCCCGCUCCGUCACCUACCUCGAGCUUCUCGAGCAGGUCCAGACCGUCGCCGGCAUCCUCCGCCACAAGGGCGUGCGCAAGGGCGAUGCCGUCGUCAUCUACAUGCCCAUGGUCCCCGAGACGUCGGUCGCCAUGCUCGCCUGCGCCCGCAUCGGCGCCGUCCACUCGGUCGUCUUUGGCGGAUUCGCGCCCAGGGAGCUCGCAAAGCGCAUCGAGGACUCGCGCUGCAAGAUUGUCAUCGCCGCCAGCUGCGGCCUCGAACCAAAGGGCCCCGUGGCCUACAAGCCCCUCGUCGACGAGGCCCUCCAGGUGUCGCAGCACAAGCCCGAGGCCGGCCUCCUCUUCCUCCGCAGGCACACCAUCAAGGGCCACACCCCUCCCAAGUGCGCCCGCAAGGGCCCCGCCGGCCUGCCCGAGUGGGACUGGGAGCUCGAGAGCGAGCUCACCCAGAACGGCAAGGACGGCCGCAGCUUGUGCUGGGAGUGUGUUCCCGUCGCCAGCGAGGAUCCGAUCUACACCAUCUAUACCAGCGGCACGACGGGCGCACCCAAGGGUGUCUGCCGGCUGUCGGGCGGCCAUAUCGUGGCGCUGCGCUUCUCAAUCGAGAACAUGAUGGGGAUGACGCCCAACGACACCAUGUUCUGCGCUUCCGACCUGGGCUGGGUCGUCGGACACUCGUACAUCCACUACGGCCCGCUGCUGCUCGGCGCCACGUCGAUCGUCUACGAGGGCAAGCCCAUCAUCCCCGACGCCGGCAUCUGGUGGAGGAUCUGCUCCCAGUAUCGCGUCACCCAGCUCUUCUGCGCCCCCACGGCGCUCCGGGCCAUUGUCGGCCUCGACCCCGACGCCAAGCUGAUGCGCGGCGAGGGCAUCGACCUGCGAAGCCUGCGCGCCCUCUUCCUUGCGGGAGAGAGGUCCGAGCCGCAGAUUGUCAGCAGGUUCGAGCGGCUGCUCAAGGAGCUCGCGGCGCCGGGCGCUCAGACCAACGAUAACUUCUGGUCGAGCGAGUCUGGCUCGCCCAUCACGGGCCUCUUGCUUUCCGGCGCAUUCGGUCCCCUUCCCGCCCGCCCGGGCUCGGCAGGCAUGCCGAUGCCCGGCAUGGACGUGGUCAUCGUCGACGACGACGGCAACGAGCUGCCGCGCGGCAAGAUGGGCAACCUCGUCCUUCGCACCCCGCUCGCCCCCAGCUUCCUCGGCGGCCUGUGGAUGAACCCGGAGCGUUUCCGCAAGAGCUACUUUGAGAGGUUUGAGGGCAAGGGUGACUGGUUCGAGACGGGUGACCAGGGCGUCAUCGACCCGGAUGGCUACGUGAGCAUCCUGUCCAGGUCCGACGACCUGAUCAACGUCAGCGCCCACCGCCUCGGCACGGGCCUGAUCGAGCAGGUGGUGACGUCGCACCCGGACGUGGUCGAGUGCGCCGUGGUGGGAGCUCCGGACAAGAUGAAGGGCCAGUCGCCGUUUGCGAUCGUCGUGGCCCACAGCCGCGUCGCUGCUGCCACGGGUGGCAAGCCGCAGACGUCGAUCCACCACGACUCGGCCAAGGCCAUGCUCAAGAGCAUCAACGACCACAUCCGCAAGGAGAUGGGCCCCAUCGCCCAGCUCUCGGGCCUCGUCGAGGCGCAGAAGCUGCCCAAGACGCGGAGCGGCAAGACGCUUCGCAGGAGCCUGCGCCAGGCGGUCGAAAAUGCCGCCGAGGGCAAGAAGGACGCGCCCAUUGACUACCCUCCCACGAUUGAGGACAAGGACGUCAUCCAGGUCGUCAAGCAAGCCAUCGACGAGUACUUCCAAGCCCUGCACAGCUCUGGCGGCAGCUCCGAUACUGCCUCUUCCGCCUCCGCCUCGGACGCCAACUCGACCAUGGUCCAGCUCCCCGCCGGCGUCAAGGACAGCAUGAAGGCCCUGCAGCUCGAAAAGCCCCCGGGCGAACCCAAGAAGGGCGCGCGCAACCUCGCCCUGGUCCGCGACGUGCCCACGCCCCGCCCCAACCCGGACCAGGUGCUGGUCAAGGUCGUCGCCGCCGGCUUCAAUCGCCGCGACGAGUGGUCGAUGGUGGGCGCCUACCCGGGCCUCAUCUACAAGAACUCGACCAUGGGCUGCGACGCCGCCGGUGUCGUUGUCGCGCCCGCUGACUGGCAGAUGGAGAACAACCACCCGCAGAAGCUCGUCCUCCUCGUGCCUACCCGCGGUUGGGAGUCUGACCCGGACGGCCCCGAGGCCGAGCUGCCUGGCGCUUCCGACGUCCAGCGGUCCAACGGGCUCGGCGGCAAGGGCUUCGGCAUCCUCGGAGGUACCGGUGCCACCAACGGCGUCGGCACGUUUGCCGAGUACGUCGCCGUUGAAAAGGACCACAUCGUGCCCGCCCCCAAGCACCUUACCGCCGAGCAGGCCAGCACGCUGCCGUGCGCCGUCGUCACUGCAUACCGCGCGCUGUUCACCAAGGCGCGGGUGCAGCGCGGCCAAAACGUGCUCAUCACAGGCAUCGGUGGCGGCGUGGCCCUCCUUGCCCUGCAGAUGGCCGUGGCGGCGGGAGCCAACGUCUUUGUCACGGCCGGUAGCCAGCAGAAGCUGGACCGCGCGGUGAGCCUGGGUGCAAAGGGCGGCGCCAUCUACAAGGACGCCAAAUGGCCCGCGACCGUCGGAUCGCAGCUUCCGCAGUCGCGCCCCUACCUCGACGCUGUGAUCGACUCGGCGGGCGGCGAGAUCACAGCGGCGGCGGCCAAGAUGCGCAUCAAGCACGGCGGCCGCAUCGUCGUGUUUGGCAUGACGGCCGCCCCCAAGGUGGGCGUGACGAUGCGCGAGGUGCUCAAGAAUGUCGACGUGCUCGGCUCCACCAUGGGCAGCCGGCGCGAAUUCAUCGAGGCGGUGCGCUUCAUCGAGGACAAGCGCAUCGUCCCCGUCGUCGACACCGUGCUCCAGGGCCUCGACCAGGCAGACAGGGGGUUCCAGCUCCUUGCCCAGGCCGAUGCACGCAGCGGCGGCAAAGUCGUCAUCCGCAUCGGUGCCGACAACGAGGCCGGGCGCGGCGAGGCCAUCAAGAGCAAGCUCUAG